AAUGGGGUUUGCUUCAUCUCAUUGCUCACCUUCAACAAGUUGAGUCUCUCUGACACUCCUUCACCACGCACACCCAUGACUUUCAGUUGAUUGAUUUUGCAAGUUACAAAAAGAAGCAAAUUGCGGCGAUUCUUUAGCAUUUCGAGGAAUUUUGUUUUGUUUUGUUUCUUCUUUAUCAUCAUCCAUAAAUUCCAACAUCAUCUCUCGCUCAAGCUUCUCAACAACACACACAGAGAGUUAUGGGUUCUGUAGAGAAUGAUUCAUCGGUUGUGGAAGUUGAAGAGCCUCUUCUUCAGGAUGAAGAGAGCAAACGAUACACAGGAGAUGGCUCAGUUGACUUUAAAGGGAGACCUGUUCUUAAGCAGAAUACUGGCACUUGGAAAGCUUGCCCAUUUAUCCUAGGCAAUGAAUGCUGUGAACGUUUGGCAUACUAUGGAAUUGCAACAAAUCUUGUUACCUAUCUUACCCAAAAACUACACCAAGGGAAUGUCGCUGCUGCAAGAAAUGUCACCACUUGGCAAGGCACAUGUUAUCUUGCACCUCUCAUUGGAGCUAUUCUAGCAGAUUCUUGCUGGGGACGAUACUGGACUAUUGCAGUUUUCUCCACGAUUUAUUUUCUAGGGAUGUGUACAUUGACUCUUUCUGCAUCUGUUCCAGCAUUGAAACCUGCUGAGUGUUUUGGUCCUGUAUGCCCUCCAGCUACUCCUGCUCAAUAUGCUGUGUUCUUCUUUGGUCUCUACCUGAUUGCACUUGGGACUGGUGGUAUUAAACCAUGUGUCUCAUCUUUUGGGGCAGAUCAGUUUGAUGAUACUGAUCCCCAGGAAAGGAUUAAGAAGGGAUCCUUUUUCAACUGGUUUUAUUUUUCCAUCAACAUAGGUGCUGUAGUAUCAAGCACUUUUGUUGUAUGGGUUCAAGAAAAUAUGGGCUGGGGUCUUGGAUUUGGCAUUCCUGCUAUAUUUAUGGCAUUAGCUAUUGGAAGCUUUUUCAUAGGCACGCCCCUCUACAGGUUUCAAAAGCCAGGGGGAAGUCCUAUUACAAGAAUGUUGCAGGUUGUGGUAGCAUCUUUCCGGAAGCGGAAUGUGGUUGUCCCUGAGGAUAGUAGUCUCCUGUUUGAGACACCGGACAAGAGCUCUGCAAUUGAAGGAAGCCGAAAACUGGAGCAUAGUGACGAACUUAGGUGUCUUGAUAGAGCAGCUGUAGUGUCUGAUGCUGAGAAUAAAAGUGGCAAUUAUUCUAACCUCUGGAGACUUUGCACAGUGACACAGGUGGAGGAAUUAAAAAUCUUGAUCCGCAUGUUUCCAAUUUGGGCUACUGGAAUAGUUUUCUCUGCUGUUUAUGCCCAGAUGUCAACUUUGUUUGUGGAACAAGGAACCAUGAUGAACACACAUAUUGGUUCCUUUAAUAUUCCUCCAGCUUCCCUCUCAAGUUUUGAUGUGAUAAGUGUUAUUUUCUGGGUGCCCGUGUACGAUAGGUUCAUAGUUCCCAUUGCAAGGAAAUUUACCGGCAAGGGAAGGGGCUUUUCAGAGUUGCAAAGAAUGGGAAUUGGACUUUUUAUUUCAGUCCUGUGUAUGUCAGCAGCUGCUAUUGUCGAGAUUGUGCGCUUGCAGCUUGCAAGAGAGCAUGGCCUUGUUGAUAAACCUGUGCCGGUUCCCCUCAACAUAUUUUGGCAAGCUCCUCAGUAUUUCUUAUUGGGGGCUGCAGAGGUAUUUACAUUCGUGGGGCAGCUUGAGUUCUUCUAUGACCAAUCACCAGAUGCUAUGCGCAGUUUAUGCAGUGCUUUGUCACUUCUCACCACUUCAUUGGGGAAUUACUUGAGCUCUUUCAUUCUCACCCUAGUAACUUACGUCACUACACGAGGUGGAAAUCCUGGGUGGAUUCCAGAUAACUUGAACAAAGGUCAUCUAGAUUACUUUUUCUGGCUUUUAGCUGGACUUAGCUUCUUAAACAUGUUGGUGUACAUAACUGCUGCCAAAAGGUACAAGCAGAAGAAGGCUUCUUAAGAUUUUUCAGGCAUUUUGUUUGGGUAGAAUAGAACCACUUUGUGAUCUUUACUUCUGCUAUUUGUGAUUGUUCUGUGUAUGUGAAUAAAGAUGUUCUGUAAUUACACGCUCUUCUUUCACCUACAAAUGAAAAUCUGUGUUAUGCCUGGUUCAA